CUCCAAAGCCCUAAACCCUCCUCCGCCCACCUUCCGUUUCCCAGCCACCCCAUUUCGCCCUAAUGGGCGCUCCUCGAUCGACCGUCCGCGUCUCCAACAUUCCCCGCACGGCGAUCGCAGAGGAGUUGCUGCGCUUCUUCGAGUCAGCCGUCGGUCCUGUCUUCGCCUGCGAGAUAGUCUCCGCUCACCGGAACUGGAUGUCUCUCGGCUUCGGCCGCGUCCAGUUUGAUUCCCUGGCUGCCGCUGAGAUCGCCUGUCUCAUGUCCUCCAAGGGCCGACUUCCCAUAUUCCAGCGCUCCAAUCUCGCCGUCUUCCCCUCGCCGGAAGACAUCUUUCCCAGGGCUGUGGAUGCAAGCAACCGCAUCAGUGGAGGAAUUCUCCACGCUGGAAUCUUGGGCGAUGAGGGCCGGAUGGAGGUCUUCGAAUCGUGGGAGGCGGUUGUGCUGGAGUUCAUGCCUGAGAGGAAGAAGAUGGAGAUAUUUCUGGAUUAUGGCAGAGAAAGCUUCAAGCUUGGGGUGAAUAUGGAAGAUAUUACCGCCAGCCAUGGAUGCUGCGUGGGAGGAGGAGGGCGGUUGAAUUCGAUUCUGUUGCAGCUCAAAUUUGCACCAAGAAUAUAUCAGAGAGUUUCUGGCACAAACUUGAAACCAAAAUUCAGUAGUGAUCGCUUUCAUAUCUGCAAAGAAGAUUAUCAGUUUGUUUGGUUAAGGACAACGGAUUUCUCAUCAACCAAAGCUCUUGGCUCAUCUUCUUACUUCUGCCUGGAACUUGGAAAUUGUCUGGCUUUUUCUGAAAUAUUCAGAAAACUUCCCUACUAUUCUGAAAUGGGAGAUGUUGUCCUCAGUAAGAAAGACGCAUUUGGCUCGAUGCCAAAACUACUUCCUAUUUUCGGCUGUUCUGAUAAAACUGAGCUGUCAUAUGACGUUCUUUUUCAGCUUAAUUCUCUGGUUCAAACACAGAAGAUUUCUCUCUUACAUUCCACUGAUUUGAUUGAUAUUCUUAGAAAAGAAGAUUCAGGCAUAGUUCUAAAAAUUUUUAUGAAAAUGCAGAAGUUGAAAUCAACCUGCACCAAUCCAGUACAGUUUUUUGAACGUGAAUUGCUGAACAUGAGGAGAAAUCAGAAUGUUACACCAGCUAAUAAUAACAGUCUAUCGCAAAAUUUAAUGAGGUGCUACCGAGCUCUCAUUACUCCUUCAAAAGUUUAUUUGUUAGGCCCUGAACUGGAGAACUCCAAUUAUGUGAUAAAGCAUUUUUCUGCAUAUUCUUCUGAUUUCCUUAGGGUUUCAUUCGUUGAUGAAGACUGGGGUAAGCUUUCGUCUGAUGCUCUGUCGUCAAGAAUUGAGCAAGGAUUUAGUUAUGAGACACACAAAACUGGUAUAUAUAAUCGAAUAUUAUCGAUUCUCCAAGACGGAUUUACUAUCGGCUCAAAAAAGUUUGAAUUUUUAGCAUUUUCUGCUAGUCAGCUUCGUGCAAAUUCUUGUUGGAUGUUUUCUUCAAACGGUGAUGUUACUGCAGCAAGCAUCAGAAAUUGGAUGGGCGAUUUCAACAAGAUUCGUAGCGUGUCUAAAUGUGCAGCUAGAAUGGGCCAGCAAUUCAGCUCUUCCUUUCCUUCAGUGUGCGUUGAAUCAAAAGAAGUUGAAAUUAUUGAUGAUAUUUAUUGUGAUAUUGAUGGAAUUAAAUAUUGCUUUUCAGAUGGAAUAGGAAAAAUAUCUCUAUCCUUUGCUGAACAAAUAGCUCAAAGAUGUGGAAUGAACAAUACUCCUUCAGCAUUUCAAAUAAGAUAUGGAGGAUACAAGGGCGUGUUAGCUGUUGAUCGAACUUCUUUUCGCAAGCUUUCGUUGAGGCCUAGCAUGUUAAAGUUCGAUUCAAACAACACAAUGGUUAAUAUUACUAGUCAUAGUAAGUACUUGUCUUGCUUUCUAAAUCGUGAAAUAAUUUCUCUCCUGUCUACCUUGGGAGUUGAAGAUGCGGUAUUUGAGGAAAUGCAGAAUGAUCAGAUGUAUGUUCUGGACAAAAUGGUGAGAGAUAGGGAGGUCGCCUUAGCAGUUAUCAGCAAAAUAUCUGGACCCGAAAAAGAAAAGGUAGAAAAUAUAUUAUUGCGGGGAUAUGAACCAAAUUCCAUGCCUUACCUCUCUAUGUUGCUUAGAGCAUAUCGGGCGUACCAGCUCUCUGAUAUACGAAGUAGAUGCCGAAUUUUCGUCCCAAAAGGUCGAAUUCUCAUUGGUUGUCUGGAUGAAUCUGGCACUUUAGAGUACGGCCAAGUUUUUCUCAGAGUGACCAUGACGAAGGAAGAGCAACAGGAUAAAAAUCAAGUUUUUUUCCAGAAUGCGGAUCUUACAAGUGUGGUUAUAACUGGAAGAGUAGUUGUGACAAAAAAUCCUUGUCUCCACCCUGGUGACAUUAGGGUACUUGAGGCUGUUUGUGAUCCGCGGCUUGAUGAGAUGGGACUCGUAGAUUGCCUUGUCUUUCCGCAAAAGGGUGAAAGGCCACAUCCAAAUGAGUGCUCUGGUGGAGAUUUAGAUGGGGACUUGUAUUUUAUAUCUUGGGAUGAAAGACUUGUUCCGCCGCAGACUGAUCCACCAAUGGACUACAUUGGACUUCGGCCACGUCUUCAGGAUCAUGAAGUAAGAUUGGAGGAAAUCCAUAAAUUCUUUGUUGAUUACAUGAUCAACGACAACCUCGGCGCCAUCUCAACCGCUCAUCUCGUCUACGCCAACUCCGAACCCCUCAAAGCUCGAAGCCCCAAAUGCCUUCAGCUGGCAAACCUUCACUCCAUGGCCGUCGAUUUCGCCAAAACCGGAGUCCCGGCCGAGAUGCCCCGAAUCCUAAGACCGAAACAAUUUCCUGAUUUCAUGGAGAGAUUGGACCGAUCCACCUGUACCUCCAAAGGUGUUUUAGGAAAACUCUAUAGGGCCGCCACAACUCAUCAAAAUCUGCAAACUUCCGAUACCGUCUGGUCCGAAGAACUCGCCGCUGCUUCAUAUGACACCGAUCUCGAAGCCGAAGGUUUUGAAAUGUUCUUAAAACCGGCUGAAGAUUACUACGACCGGUACGCCGAAAAGUUGAGCUUUUUGAUGAACUAUUUCGGCGCCGAGCAUGAAGAUGAGAUACUUACGGGCUUCGUGCGAAGCACCGACUCGGCCUAUGUGUUGAGAGAUAAGAAGAAAUUUGGGGAUAUUGCCGAUCGGAUUAUGAUUGCGGUGAAGAGUUUGCAUCACGAGGUUAGGAGUUGGUUUGGCGGCUGCCGCGAAAGCGAGUCGUUGAAAAUGGCUUCGGCUUGGUAUCACAUUACCUGCCAUCCAAAGUAUUGGUCCUCAAAAAGGUUUCUUAGCUUUCCAUGGAUUAUUUGGGAUGUUUUACUCAGUAUUAAGGAUUCUAAGACUCAUAGAAGAAGAAGAGGAGCAAAGGAAGACCCUCUUUGAGGUUUUAGAUUCCAUUCAAUUCCUAUAUAUUUACAUAUCCAUCUCCUAAAUUUUAUUUUAUUUUUAUAUUUGUAU